AUGAUGACCAACAAACCUUGCAACGCGAAUGAUGAAGAUAUUUCAGACGGGAUGGUUGGGGUUGGAAAGCCACUUACCCAACCUACAUCGAUGUCCUACUGUCUCCAACGGAUUCGAUUGGGCGAGUUUUGCCGCGAAAUCACAGACUGUGCUCCAUUUGGUAUUUCCGAUCCAGGAAGCCCGGACUAUGAGCACACUAAACAGAUUGACGGCAAAAUUUGCGAAUUCGCCCAGAGUCUACCCUCGUUUUUCUCGUUGUCGUUGGCCUAUAGGUCGGACGAGCUGCCAGAAUCCGAUCCUCGGAAAUCCCCGGGAAUAAUCAUACAACGAUACAUCCUCAAUUUCCUGCUUCAUGCUCAAAGGUGCAGGCUUCACUUGCCUUACUUGUCACGAGCGUCUAAGGAUUCUGCAUAUGAUUACUCACGGAAGGCAUGUCUGGAAGCAGCCCGAAUGGUGGUCCGAACUGAACGCCAACUCUCGCUAGAGAUGAUCCCCUUCAUCUCAGCGCGGCUGAAACUUUCAGGCUUGCUACAUUGCGUCUGCGUGGCGAUCAUUGUUCUUCUCAUAGACUUUUGUGGGAGUGGUCAUUCGCAGGAAAAGGACCUGACGGAAAUUUUGGGAGCAUUUUCAAUCUUAGAAACGGCCAAAGAGGAAUCCCCUUUAGCAGGACGAUUGCUUGAAACCUUCAAGACGACUCUUCGCCAGCACAGUGUUUCGGGUUCGGCCGUUGAAGAAAAUACAACAACACAAUCCACUUCUCAAGACGCCGAGGCUUCGCCGGGACUUGCCUGCACCUCGACGGCGCCUACAAGCAUGGUAUAUCCGACAGACAGGAACAUCGAUGACUUCCUAAUGGACCCCACAUUGCCCGCUCUAGGUGACCUCUGGCAGGUAUUCGAUGACAAUGUGGACUCGGGAACAGUGGACUGGAACAAUUUCUUUGCUGAGUCGGAUACUGCAUUUCUGUCUAUGUAG